CAUCACUGACUAUUGAGGUGCUCUCCAUGAAGUGUUACAUUUCUCAGCACCCCUUUCUUCAUACUUUCCGAGUCCAUGUCCAGGAUCGACCAGUCCACUCUCACUCUCGUCGGUACAGAGGACCCGAAAUAUUACGCAGAGCUUGCUUGCAGAAUCCCAAAUCGGCGCCCACUGUCCGAUGAAAAACUUUGUUCAGACAUUCAGGGUGUCGAUGAGCAACUCUCCCAGCGCCUACGGGCACUUCUCGAUGCAGUCGCCGAUAUCUCACUCCGUAAACGAGGAAACGUCUCCGCUACGAUGGCCAGCGUAAUGGACAAUAAAGGCACUCUUGAAACGCAAGUAUACAUCGCUUUCAACCACGAAGAUGAUGAUGCAGCUAGUAGUUGUUCUGAUCACCUACGGUCCGUCUUUGAUAUGCUUUCCCAAGUCCCCUACAAGCCACAUGGAGUAGACAGCUCCCCGAAGGACAUCUCGAAGGAGCCAGAGGGGAGCUUAACCGAAGUCUGCAGAGCCAUUCACAACUACUCAUUCGACAUUUUUGCGUAUCGCGUUAACAAGCGUGAGCACAAGCUUUCCACCAUUCGGAGGUACAUUGAGCAGGAUGUGGAUGGUUUCACCCCGAACCAGCGUUCCACGUUGUUGUUGUUCCUUCAGCAUGUGGGGAUGAUUAUCGAAGUCGUCGCCAAUGCACAAGCAACGAAGCAACUUUCUGCCGCUGAUAUGCGCAUGCUUCUAGCAAUCUAUUUGUUCUGGACGCACAACGGCCUUCUUCCCAAAGAUGGGCUGGCCGACAAUGUGGCUCCUUUGCUUGACUACGCGGAUACGUGGCUGGCUGAGAAUUACAACAUAGGUUUUCAGCUUCGGCGUUGGGCGGUGAAGAUCAUGUCGCUCGUGAUCUCGGCCGACAGGCUCUUAACCUUGACCCAGUCGCGCCGCCUCCACAAAAUUAUAAAAGGGAAAUUCGCAAUUCAACCCCUCCCGCGUCUGACCACGACUCCGUAUCGCUGCAAUCUUUCUUCAGAGAACAUACGAGUGGCUCUGGACGCCGCGUUGGCCGGAACCACAUACUGUACUGCGGAAUGGGAUGAGCGGCGCGAAUCGUUCAUUGCGCGGCUUCGGAAUGGGCUGGAGGGUUCUGAGGUGGCCCGCUGGGAACCCACGGUCCACGCCGAGCUAGCCAUGAUUACAGCAAUGUUUAAGGGCGAACUCCAGCGAGUCUUACCCUACAUUGGGGUCUCUAAGCUUUCCUGCAUUAUGUGUACCCACUAUAUCCAGGCCUUCAAUGAUGUUACGGGGGUAAGGAUCGCUGUCAAAGGUUCUCAUGGGAAAGCCUACCCUGGGUGGUUCUGGCCUAAUCUUCCUUCCUGUGACGGAGAAGUUCGUGAAGCGUUUUUAGGGCUUAUCAGACAGCAGCUCCAGAGCGACUUCAAGCUGCAUUAUAGAGGGCGAGUCAGCGUGGGAUAUGAUCUUCCGGGUUUGGAAUUAGUUGUGACUGCGGAGGAUAUUAAAAAACUCUUUGCACUGAGAAACGUCAUUCUAGAUGACUGACAUGCGACAGAGGUUUUACUAUAAGAUACGAAAGGUGCGGAGGAAAUGGCUUGAUUAUUCAAAGGGGAUUAGCAGAGCGGAUGUUCCGAUUUUGGCUGCUGCUCAGGUGCACGUGGUGGCUUGCAUGCCGCCACCAGAUCGACCCAUGGUAGGCGAACUAGGGAUCCUUUCCUGGGAGCCAAUGAGCCCUAAGGUUGUUGUCGGAGGGGAGUACAAGGUAGUUUUCCCCGAUGGUUCAGGGUCAGACUCGUACCAGUCGGAGGAGCUCCGUGGACGCGCAAAAUAAUAGCUUUUUACGCAAUGUAAAUAAAUGUUCUCACACUAGACCUGCUUCCGAUUAAAGUCACGUUCUGUACUCAAU